CCGUGCUCCUCACCAAUGCCUUCCUCACCUUCUCUCAGCUCGCGCGUGCGCAGUGAACACGGAGACCUCGGGGGCGACGCGCAAGUGUGGUGCCGCUUGGACACAUGCGAGCGUGGUGUUUGGCAGUCGGCACAGCCAGCUGAGCCCGACUUGUCCGCUGGCCUGAUCAUGAACUCUGUACACGACGAGGUACUUGCUACAAAGCAGUGGGAGCAACCGCUGACGACUGCCGACAUGCGAGCCCGAGCUGCGGAGUGGUCGCUGGCCGAUGACUCCAGGUUGCUUGCAUACCUCGAGGUUUUCACCGAGAGCAUAACAUCAAGAACCUGUGAAAUCCAGAAGCAACUGGAAGGACUCAUUCAUGAAACUCUGAUUUCUGGUGUCAAGGUGCACAAUGUCAUCAACGACUUCAGUCACCUGAGCAGCCUGCAGUUUAUGGAAAAUCGCGUCUAUGAUGAGGAGGUCAAGGCUGAGCCGAGGGAUGCACAGCCACCCUCCAAGGCGGAGGAAGAGGGGGCCCUGCUGGAGCAAGUGUCGGAAGCCUUUCGCCUUGGUGUGGAAGUGCUGCGCUCGUCACUGGAGGUGGUUGACCUGCGCCAGGACUCUGAAGAUGAUGACGACUCGGAUGAGGACACCCGCUUCCGCCAUGCAGAGGAGACCCUCCUGCGGCCUCUUGACCCAUACCUGGCACGUCCCUUGCCCCUGCUCAUUGGCUCUGCCCAGUUCCUCAAGGACGACCAUGUUGGCCUUGGGGAGCUGCUCAGUGAAGAGGAAGCGGAUGAAAAGAGCAGCCUGGGGGAGUAUGACAGCAGCAAGUCUGAGACAGACAGCAGUUCGGAUGGAACGAAUGAGCCAGCCAUCGAUAACAAGAUGGCAAACUAUAUGCAGCAGGAAUUUGGGGGCUUCCCAGCAAACAGCAAUGAGCCAGACAUGUUUACUGCCGACGCAGAGGAAUUGCAUUCGGAUGGCAGUGAUGAGGACAGCGGGACAAGGAGGGACUCAUCCAAGAGGAGCUCCUCUGUAAAAGAAAAUGCUGAGCUCUCAGAGGAAAAGGUCAAGAUACAGAAUGCAGUGGACAGGCAGCAGACAAAUGAUGACCAGAGUGCAGAAGAGGAGAGUGAGUCACCAUUUGCACGUAAAAGUGGCCUCUUCUCUGGUGAUGGAAAGCUCUUUGAUGACGACGAUGAAGAGGGAGACCUCUUCAGGGAUGUUUCGACUUCCACACCUCCAAGCACGUCCAACUUUCCUGCACCAAAGCUGACACAGGAUGGCAAGAAAGUUCCGGUUGGAGGUGUGUCCAUCCUAGGAGGGGUGCCUCCUCUUGCUGCGCCCUGGAGGAAAGAGAAACAGGCAGCGCUGCAUGGUCAUCUUGCAAGCGGCAACUUGUCCACGCACUCAGAUGAAGUUAGAAGUGCGCUUCUUGGAAGUGUGACUCAAGGAGGACAGGGCACCAACAUGGAGGGAGUGGUGGACCCCGAGGCAUCAGUUGGCAUUGGUGUCUUUGGCAAUGAGAAGGAGGAGAGUGCCAGCUUGCCCCCAAAGGCCACUGAAAAACCACUCGAAGGUGCCCUUUUUGAUGAAGAGGAUUACAGUGAUUUGUGGACAUCUACACCAACAAAAGUGACCUCCCAGCCGAAGGUGCCUACCAGUCAUCUCACAGACCCUGGUUUGGCGGAGGGGUGCCCUGUUUUCUUGCCAUCUGAGGACCAGAGUGACAAGUCCAGGCACGUGCUGUUUGACAACGAUGAGGAUGACUUGUUGUUCUCUUCUACCAGUGCUGCUGUAAAGACUAGGAGCAAGCCACCAAAGUCCUUGUUCAGUGAUGAUGAGGAGGAGGACAUAUUUUCAGGUGUGAAAACUGCCCAAGCAGCUGCCAGUAGCCAGCAAACAAAAGCACACUUCUUUGAAAACGAAACAGCUGCAAGCAAAAGCCGGACAUCCUCUCGGGGGAUCUUCCUGUUUGAAGACGAGGACGGAGUGUCCGGCCCAUCUGCACCUGUUCUUGAGAAGCCAACAGAUCCAGCAGACGUGUCCAGCCAACAUCCAACAAAUGAACCCAUCUCGCUGUUCACCACUGAGGAGGUCGAGGACGACGACCUGUUUGCAGCACGCACACCACCUGCCCAACUGGCUGAUAGCCAGAGUGCGUCGUGGAGUGUGGGGUCCAAGGGGGAUGCCGAGUCAGUGGUGGAAGCUGUCCUUGAGGAGCCAGUUGCCAAGUCACGCACGGGCAGUUGCUUUGUCUUUGACCAAGAGGACGAGAUCUUCAAAUCCUCUGAGGACAACCUGGAUGUGGACUUGUUUGCUCCAGCUAAGCCUGCUGAUUUAAAGAAGCCACCUGGUGGUGUCUCACUGUUCGGGGGCUCUAGCCUCUUUGGAGGUGAACUUAGAAGUCGUCUUGAGAAAGUCAGCAUGCCAAGAGGAGGGGAACCCGCUGCUCUUUUGCCUGAUGCAGAAUCUCUUGAGGAAGAGGCCUCCUUGGCUGCUACCAUUGCAGACCCACAAUGCCGUCCUCCACUUCGGGAUACAAAGGUGAUAUCAGCAAGCUUUGAUGAACCUGCUGACCAGAACAAGACUCUCAUAAGUGCAACCAAGAGCCGAGCAAAAGUGAAGGCCAAGCGACGCCUACCAUCACGGAGGAAGUUGCAGGCUGAUUCAAGAUCUUCAGAUGGCGACAGUAAAAGUCCCCCUGCUGAUGGCAUGAUGUUUCCGUCAUCACAUGCUCCUGCUGCUCUGGUGGCACAUUCCAGGUCGGGUGCAGAGCCAACUAUCAACUCACCUUCAUUGAAGCCAGCCUUGAUGGUGGUCAAAUCGCCGUCCACUGAAGAAGAAGACCUUUUUGCUGUAAACAGCCUGCAGCCUGUACCAGCAGAAGCCAGGCACAAGCCAUGCCAAGCGGUGCCAGCUGUGGCCACUACAACUAGGUCACAGGCACCAUUUAGUGAGAGCAUCUUUGAUGAUGACAGAGAAGACGACCUCUUUGCCGUGUGUGCUGAGCGCUUCCACCAGCAUGUCACCCCUCAUCAGGAGCAGAGGUCGUUUGAUGCAGUCUUUGGAGCAGGAGACACUGUGCCUCACUGGAGCGAAGAUCGUCUGUCAACAAACACUGCAGCAAAUUCAGAUGCCCAGGCUCCACCACAGGAGACAUCAAAAAAAGUUUCCAACAGCAUCUUCGAUGACGAUGAUGAUGAUGAUGAUAUUUUCGUUUCCAAGUCUGGAAAAUCUGGCAACUCUGCAUUGUCUUCUCAAGCCAAGCGAAAUACAUUGUUCAGCGAUGACACUGAUGACAUUUUUAGCUCCAAGCCAGCAACUGUCAGUACAAUGGAGAAGAAAGGUACCCAGCCUGCCACAAGAAAGAGUCUGCCUAGGACUGCCAACUUCAAAGAUCCACUGCUUGGAGACAUCAGUGAUUAAUAAGUUUCAUUGUUGUUGAUGAUUUACCUUGGCUGCAAUUUUCUAAUAUAUUCUGUAGCAUUGGUGCCCUUGAUUUUUGUCUGGGAGCCUACUUCCUGUGUUGCAAACAAGCUACUAACAUAGUAUCUCGUAAACUGACCUUUGAAAGUUGGAUCAGUACGCCUCAAAAUAUCUCGUCAUGCCUGCAGCCAUUUCAAUGUCACACGUUUUGUACUGUAUUCUUCAUAGGCAGGGCAACUGACACAGUGACUUGGAGAGCUUUUCCUGUUGCAGUGAUACUGCAACUUCACAAACAGUUUCAAUCCCAGGCAUCAUAUACCUUACACUGUCGUGCUGGAUUAGGGCAUAGUUCCACAUCCUCCUGAGGUGCUUUCUUUAGUCUAUAGAGUAAGUUUGAUACUUGAGACUUUAUAUGUAAAUAGUGCAUGAAAAUAGAGAAAUUCUGUUGUUUGGCACCCACUAUUUUUUAAGAGCAGAAAUUUAGUUUACCUUGGCUGUCUAUGUACAGGGCUUAAAGUUGCCCCUCAGGGCAGCGACCAGUAUAGCGCACGCACACUUACACAUGCUCGUAUAUAUAUAUAUAUAUAUAUAUUAUAACAGGGUGUUUGCGAUCAACACUCUUUAUAUAAAAACUGACACAGUUGCAGCAAGCAAACUGAAAAUGGCAGAAGCCACCGCAAGCUUGCUUGUUCCUUUAACUUGAGCUUCUGAAUUGUCACCUUUUCUGUGUCAGUAGUGCACUCAUUUUCCACGAGUAGUGCCAGUCUUCAUUACCACAUAUAUAUAAAAAUAAUUAAACGUCUUGAUUUCUCUUGCAGCAGAGGAGGCACAUAGUGAGGCUGCCCUGCAGUUCAACUGUGCAAGCACUACACAAGCAUGUACACCAUAUCAUGUGUCCCAGCUAGUGCUAGCCAGGCUGUUAAAAGAAAAAAGAAAAAACGCUGCAAGGUUUUAGUAUACGAUAUACGGUGUUUGGUCGCGAACCUUUAACGGCUUAGCUAAUGUUAGCUGGGACACCGUAUAUAAUUGAGGCGACAAGCAAAAAUAGUGAGUUUGGGAACUGCUUAGACCAGUUCUUAGUCGGCACUUGUGUUGUGUUCUUGUGUUUCCUUGUGUCCAUCUCAGUUGUGCUGCGCCUUUUUAAUGCUUAGACUGCUGCCUUUCGGGUCACUUUUUGUUUACUUUAUUGGCGCUGAAAAAGCCAACUUAUCAUAGAAUUAAACAAAUGUCUUUGGGUAUAAAUAAAUACAUUAUUCUGAGAGUACAUUGGGCAUUCGCUUAAUGUGCAGAUUCAAUAAAGCAUUUAAAAAUUAGCA